UUCCCCAGCAACAGCAUGUCACUCUCAGUGAGCACUUGUGGUAUGCCCCGGCGGCUGUCCUCCCAAAGUGGGACAGCAGGCAAAGCCAGGGCCAUGUCCACCUCCAGUGUUGGAAGUGUCUGUGGGGGCAGCACUCUGGGCUUCGGAGGCAGCCGUGGGGGAGGCUUUACGGCUGCUUCCAUGUUUGGCUUUAGCUCUGGCUUUGGUGGGGGCUCUGCAGGUACCAUUGCAGGAGGAUUGGUCGCUGGUUAUGGACUGUGUCUGGGGACCAGCUUGGGGGGAAGCCCACGAGGGGGCUCCUUAGGCAUCCUCUCUGUCAACGAUGGAGGCCUUCUCUCUGGAUCGGAGAAGGAAACCAUGCAGAAUCUCAAUGACAGACUGGCUUCCUAUCUGGAUAACGUCCGCGCUCUGGAAGAGGCUAACAGGGAGCUCGAAACCAAAAUUCAAGAAUGGUAUGAAACGAGAGGGGCUGGGGCUGGAGACCCCGGGUCACAGAGUGACUACACUAAGUACUAUGCGUUGGUUGAAGACCUCAGGAAUAAGAUCAUUUCUGCCAGCGUCGGAAACGCCCGGCUCAUCUUACAGAUCGACAAUGCCCGACUGGCUGCCGAGGACUUCCGGAUGAAGUACGAGACGGAGCUGAACCUGCGCAUGAGUGUGGAGGCCGACAUCAACGGGCUGCGCCGGGUGCUGGACGAGCUGACGCUGGCCCGCGCCGACCUGGAGAUGCAGGUGGAAGGGCUGCAGGAGGAGCUGGCCUACCUCCGCAAGAACCACGAGGAGGAGCUGCAAAGCUUGCGGGAGGGCAGCCCGGGGCAAGUGAGCGUGGAAAUGGACGCCACCCCUGGAGUGGACCUCACCACGCUCCUCAAGGACAUGAGGGCGCAGUAUGAGACCGUCGCCGAGCAGAGCCGGAAGGAUGCGGAAGCCUGGUUCAUCGAAAAGAGCGGGGAGCUGCGGAAGGAGAUCAGCACCCACCAGGGGCAGCUGCAGUCCAGCAAGGGCGAGGUCACCGAGCUGAGGCGCUCUCUCCAAAACCUGGAGAUGGAGCUCCAGGCUCAGCUCGCCAUGGUACGGCUUCUCCAUUACUUCCCAAGACACCGCUGUGGCCAGAGUCGAGCCGGAUUGGGUGACACUGCGUCGGAAGCAGACUCCAAAUCUCAAGCACCGUCCACUGGUUCCUCCAAAGACUCCACCAAAAGCCGGAAGAUCAAGACAAUUGUGCAAGAGGUGGUGAAUGGCCAGGUGGUCUCGUCCCAAGUUCAGGAAAUUGAAGAACUCAUGUAGAAGGUUUUAGAAGAUCUGCCACCUGAUUGGUCCCUUAGGAAGAAGAAAUCUACUAGAAAGUAUUCCUUUCAGAGUGAAAUAUUGUA